AUGUGCAAAGAAAGCCAGCGGCCCCUUCACAGGCUCAAGAGUCUGUGGCCAGGCUGGUCUCCAGGGGCAGCUGGACAUGGACUGGUCUCACGUGGAAGCACCUUCAGCACAGCAUCCUUGGGAAGGGGUGUUGCUGAGACGAGCUUCAGGAGCCUAGCCCAGGCAGGGAUGCCACAGCACGUGUGCUCUGACUCGUUAAACCCUGAGAGCACCCUUCAUACAAGGAACAAACAGUUAGGACAAACACGAGGGGAAACCACAAGUCCUGAAAAUGCAGAGGGAGAGGGUUCACGUCUCACCCACUACCUGACACUCACUGCCAGAACUUGGUCUCCAGUGUCAAGCGGCUGUGAGAAUUUUGUGCCCACAAGGAUGUGGCCAUCAUAG